CUCGGCUUAAGCCGCUUCCUCUCGGACCCGUAUUCGUAGCUGAGGUUGUCGCUCCUUUUUUAUGUUGGUCUUUUUUAUGUUAGUCUUUUUUAUGUUAACUACCUGUCCACUAGGUUAAGCUAGUGCCCGUUGUCAGCUGCAAACAUGCCCUGUCUUUCCUCACGUUUAAUCCUUAAUCCUUGAGAAAAUUCUUCUAACUCGGGUCGGGCUUACUUAUUAUUUAUCAUCUUGGCGAAUGAGAUUAAAUCACUCGACACACCUGCACACCUGCACACCUGCGCUUAUUAUAUACAUACAUGUAAUCGUGGAAACCGUGGAACAAAACGUCCAUCAUGUACAACCAAGCCAAGGUUGGCAUAUUCUCGCAGAUUUCAAUAUGAACAAACCUAAGAUCCUCUUCAUUGACGCUUAUGAUUCUUUUAGUAACAAUAUCGUUUCUCUUCUGACAACGACGUUACAAGCCCGUGUUGACAUCUUACCUAUUGAUCCUCCUGAGCUUCACCCGCAAGCCCCAGAUUUUGCUCACGAGUUGACUAAUCUGCUGCGUCGUUAUGAUGCUGUCGUCUGUGGCCCGGGUCCCGGAUCGCCUAAUUUGCCUCAAGAUGUGGGGCUUAUGAGAUACAUUUGGGACCUCGAACCAGCGCAUCUAGUCCCGGUUCUCGGAAUAUGCUUGGGGUUUCAAAGCCUAGUUGUCGGCUGUGGUGGAAUUGUGAAGAAACUUAAGACCGGCCUUCACGGCAUGAUUCGGGAAAUCGACCAUGAUGCUGAACAACCUAGCUUAAAUGAGGGAAAUAUCUUCUAUGGUGUUCCACCUUUUAAAGCUACGUUAUACCACAGUCUAUACGCGGAUAUUGGACAAGAUACCAUAUCUGCAAAUAACUGGAUAACGUCUAAAUGGACGUCCCCUGCGCAUUUGCCUGACGUUGUUCCUCUGGCCUGGGUGUAUGAAAAGAGAGGUGACUAUAUAGAGCGAAUCCUCAUGAGUAUGAAGCACAGAACGAGACCGUUCUGGGCCUUGCAAUAUCACCCCGAGUCAAUAUGUACGGAAUCAACAGGUCAUCAAGUAAUCAAGAAUUGGUUUAGCGAGGCCAUGCGAUGGAAUUAUACGAACGGCCGCAUCACAGACCCCACCACCGUCUCGCUCAGUUCUAUUACUAGACUGCCAAAAUCUAGCGCACAUAGCGCCAAGGACACCCUUGGUCUAAAUGGACAUGAUUUGAAUAGUCGCUCAUUGGAAAAUGGCGAUAGCAAGCUAGCAUCCUUUGAGACAAACCGCCACUACGAAUCGAGAACUAUAAAACUCCCAAUCCAUAUCGAGGCUCCUGAUAUUGUUGAGAUACUACAAGGUGAUAGGAGGGAUUUUAUCAUUCUCGACUCUGCAAGUGCCAAAGCUAAUAGAAUCGGAGUUGAUGUGCGGGGGCGUUAUAGCAUUAUCGCCUUAGAUGUUGAUGAGGCAUUAAAGCUGGAAUACAGAACGGGAGAUGGCCAUGUCAUCGCCCGCUGCCCGUGUUCUCGAAAGCCUCUCCGGUCCGAAAAAGUUCAUCUCAGCCCUGGGCAAACGAUAUGGCAACUAUUAACCGAAUUCUGGACUAAGCGCAGAGUGGCACCCGAUGAUCACUCAGCACCUUUCCUUGGCGGGUUCAUGGGCUAUACCACUUACGAACUUGGAUUAGAAGGUAUUGAUGUCAAAUCUCACGAAGAAAGGCGUCACAACAGACCAGAUCUCUGUUUCGCCUGGAUUACCAAAAGUAUCGUGAUAGAUCAUACAGAAGGGACCUUACGCGUCCAGCACUUAUCGCCAAUAGAGUCUGAAGGAAACGACUGGGCAGACUCUAUCGUCGACAAGCUUUCAACUUCACUAGUAUGGUCAGAUGGGCUUCGCGCGGAUUUCAACAAGCGUACACAACUGAGCCAGCUUACACCACCAUCAACGCCGGAUUCCAUAUUUGCAAAAACACAAAUACAAGUGCCGGACGCUGACGAAUAUGAGUCAAAGGUCCGACAGUGUCAGGAUUUCAUUGCCUCGGGUGACUCGUAUGAAUUGUGCUUGACAGACCAGACGCAUAUCACGCGACCGAAAAUAUCCCCCGCGCUAGAAUCCUGUCCCCUAAUGCCUCUCGAAUCUGGAAAACCACCUCAGACUUCGUGGCAGCUAUACCGUUCUCUGCGUUCCCGCCAGCCUGCCCCCUUUGGUUCGUACAUCCGCCUCGGCGGUGCAACGCUGAUCAGCAGCUCACCGGAACGGUUCCUUGAGUUCAGCGCCGACGGUCUAUGUUCAAUGCGUCCGAUGAAAGGCACAGUGCGUAAAUCGAGCGCCGUCUCGACCCUCGCACAGGCCGAAGCCAUCCUACAUGUACCCAAAGAAGAAGCCGAGAACCUUAUGAUCGUCGACCUCGUGAGACAUGACCUACACGGCGUAUGUGGAUCCGGCCGCGUAGCCGUCCCUAAGCUUAACAUCGUCGAGGAGUACGCCAGCGUGUUCCAGAUGAUCAGCGUCGUCGAGGGCCAGCUACAAGAUACCAGCAAUGGCAGGACGCCAAAGAAAACUGGCCUCGAUGUUCUAGCCGCAAGCCUGCCUCCCGGUAGCAUGACUGGCGCUCCAAAGAAGCGCAGUUGUGAGAUCCUGCACGAGAUCGAAGGUCACCAUGAGCGGAGCUUAUACUCAGGCGUGGUGGGCUACAUGGACGCCGCGGGCCGUGGUGACUGGAGCGUUACGAUCCGGAGCCUGUUCCGCUGGGACGACGAGACGGUCGAGGGACAGAACCAGCAGGAGCACGAGGUCUGGCAUAUCGGUGCUGGUGGCGCGGUUACCGCUCUGAGUACGGCCGAGGGCGAGCGCGACGAGAUGUUUACGAAGCUUAAGGGGCCGUUGGGCGUGUUUGAUGACGAGGCGUGAUAUACGCUACGACCUUCGAAUGCACGGACGGGUACAUACAUGUGUUGUUUUAUUAUGUAACUAACUAACUAACUAUCGAUCAUAUUAGGCGCAUACAGGUGCGGGCAAGGUAUUGUUGUUAUAACUGGGAGGGCCCCUUCUUUGCGGGCUAGAUGGACUCAACGAUGCAUUAUAGGGACGAGGAAAGGAAUUCGGGACGGGGAGUAUCGCGGCUCAUUCAUCAUAGAGCUCGCCUUCAGAUAGGAUGGGAUUGGCAUACCAUAAAAUACCGCUACAUAUAAAUAGCACAUAAAUAUCAAGUCG